AUGCCGAGCAAGGAGGCGUGGAAGAAGGCGGACAUCGCCACUGCAGCGGGCGACGUCUCCGCGAAGCUGCCAAAGGGCAAGCGGCGCUAUGUGACGGCCUUCCUGUGCCUGUGCGUCUCCACGAUCUGCUACGCCGACCGAACCAACAUGGGAAUUGCACUGCCUGCAUUCGUCACCAACAAAAAGGAGCAGGGAGAAGUGCUCUCCGCCUUCUUCUACGGCUACAUGUGCACCCAAAUUCCGGGAGGGUACUUUGCGACCAGGUUUGGUGCCAAGGUCGUGCUGCUGACCGGAGUUGUUGUCUGGACGCUGUUUGACGUAUCUACGGUGGUCGUGGCCAAAUGCCUCACGUGCCUAUUCUUUACGAGAGCGGGUAUGGGGCUCGGAGAGGGUAUCCUAUUUCCCUGUAUGCACCAAAUUGCCGGCGCGUGGUACCCGGUGCAGGAGCGGAGUCGUCUCGUGUCGCUGGUGGCAAGUGGUUCGGACUUGGGCACGAUCUCUGCGCUGCUCAUUUCGCCUGCCAUCAUGGCGGCGAGCGGGUGGCAGCGUAUAUUCCUUGUGUUUGGUGCGCUGAGCUUCAUUUGGGUCGUGGUAUACUCGAUCAUGGGAGUGAGUCGACCCGAGGAGGACCCGAAGAUCACUACAGAAGAACGCAGUUUCAUAAUUCGCAGCCGCACUGUGGACCCCGACACGCACAGGCGCCAGAGCUCGCGCGCUGAGUUAGACACACACGCUAUGAACUGGCGUGUUCUGCUGACUUCGCGUCCUGCGUGGGCCAUCUACGUGGCACACAUGUGCUACAACUACAGUUGGUACAUUCUGUUGGGCUGGAUCCCGCAGUACUUCAACCAAGUACUGGACCUUGAUUUGGCCAAGAAGGGUGGGUUCGCUGCUGCGCUGCCCUAUAUGUGUGGCUACACCGGCACGCUGUUGUUUGGGCGGCUGGGAGAUCUGUUGGUCACUCGCGGGUACCGUGAGUUGCACGUCCGUCAGGCCAUGAACGCGUUUUCAUUCCUCGGAUGCGCAUUCUUCCUUUUUUCGCUGCGUCUGGCGAAGUCGGCGCCGAUGGCGGUGGCCUUGCUGUGCAUGACACUGUUUACCAGUCGCGCUGCCAUGGCUGGCUACUGGGUCAACAUGAUCGAUGUGGCACCGAACCACGCUGCACAUGUCAUGGGAGUCUCCAACACCUUCGGAACCAUUCCGGGCAUUAUCGGUAAUGUGGUCACUGGAGCUAUCCUUCAAGCUACGGGGUCGUGGGACCUCGUGUUUGCCAUCGCUGCACUGGUCCUCGUCUUUGGUGCGGCUUUCUUCCACUGCUCCGCCUCGGACAAGUCCAUCUACGCUCGACCCAGCAGCAACAGCAAUGGAGAAGGUUACAGCAGUGCCAGCACUACGUCGAGCAGCUUUCCUGGAAGCCCCAACUACGGUUUGUCUCUGUCGUCUUCGAUUCCUGAGCUGCGCGAUGAAGAGGAGAGCCUGCUUGAAAACCAAAUGUGA